AAUAACUUGAAAUGGACAAAUUUGUCAUUAAAACACCAAGAAACCCAACACCUACAACUGAAAAUGGUAGAAAAACUAAUUACAAGCAAGCAACAAUAGAAUCUCUCAAGGGAGUUGUGGUAAUAGAAGAUAUAGACAGAUUAAAGAAUAAGUUAAAAAUAGAAAAUCAGACUAAAGAUGUCAUGAUAGACAGUAUUGUUGAAUUAGGAAAGAAAAAUCCUUCUAAGGAAGUUUUAUUGUCUACAAAAAUAGGUAAAGUGAUCAAUAGAUUACGUAAACAUGAAGAUAAAGAUAUAUCACAGACAGCCUGUACAGUUUAUAAUGAUUGGAAACAACAUAUAGAAAGUAACAUAUCUCAACCAAGAAUUGAAGUUAAAUGUGAUCCCAAGUCAGAGAAGAUGAGAAAUUCUGGUCGUAAGUUUCUUGCAGAUGCAUUGCAAUUAGAGAUAUCAAAUCGUCUGGUAGAAGGAAUUGAAAGGGAGUGUUUAUAUCAAUGUAACAGACUAUUAAAUACAAACUAUAAAAGAACAAUGAGAGGGAUAGUGUUUCUGUUAAAACAUCAAGAUGAUGUCCGGAAACAAGUACUGUCUCAAACUAUGUCUAUAGAGGACUUAGUUAGAACUAAUAAAAAAUAACAUUGUGCUGUGUUACCAUGGUAACAGUAUUCUCGGGGAAUUGUACAAAUGACCGUAAAGAGCUACUUUUUAACUUUUUUUCUAUGUCCUGGACAUCACAAUCAAAUAAUACAAACAUAUUUAUGAUCUAAAUGAGUAGAGACCACAUAUAUGUGAUAGAAAUGAAAUGAAGUUAGUGUUAUGUCUUAUUUGUCUGCACCUGAUGGUAAAUGAAGAAGGUCAACACCAUGCAGUGUGCAAUAUUUUGCUAAGACAGCAGCAUUAGCCUAUUCUUAUGACUUUCAACUGUCAAGUGAUCUUUAACAUACCAGAAAUAUAUGAGAUAUGGAAUUUCAUUUUACAUUUCUAAUUAAUAUUUUCAUAUAUUUUUUUAGAUUUUACCACAAUUCUCAUUUUGUUAAUAUGGUUCUCUCUUGUUUUAGUAGAAGAUAUCAGCAGGCUCAGAUUGGUAGGAUAUGCCAAAGUUUCAAACAUUCUUUUUCUGACAGAUUCAUAGAAAAGAACAUAAUUAUUUUACACAGGGUAAAAUUAUAAUUUAUUGUUGAACCAAUGUUUCAUAUGUUAAUAUACAAAAUGAUAAACCACAUGGUAUAAAAUGCUAAUAAUAAAACAUUGUAAAUGAUGAAUUGUCCAGCAAUCCUUUUUAUUGUGACAUAUUAUAGUUUUAAAUUUAAAAUAUUAACAAAUAUAUUUUUAUGCAAUCUGUGAAAAUGCACCAACCCUUUUCAACACUGAGAAUCAGAAAUUUAAAUAUCAAUUUCCCAAAUGCAAACUUAAAUGACAUUAGAAUUAUGUCACUUCACUUUGUAAUGGCAGCUUCACAAGCUGCACAGAAAUCUUUCACUAUAUAUGGUUGGUAGAGUGAUAAUGCCAGUUCAACAUAAACAAUUAAUUUUUAAAAUAUAAAAUAUGAGACCAGUGUUCCAUACUUAAUGGGACACUUUUUAAAAUUUGAUGGAUUAAAGUCCUGGAUUAUAGUUCUUUCAAUAAUUGCAUUGUUAUCUGAUAAAAUGCAAUUAUUGCAGAUGACUUGAAAUAUUGGACUACAUAAGUGUAUUACAACCCAUUUAGUUACAUAAGUCAGGUAUAAAAUCAGAAAAGCAGAAGAAUUCAUAAUAAAAUCUCUAUAUAAUACAUUUAAAAAAAAGGCUGUGGCUAUUCAUACCGCGGCGGUACAGAUAUGGCCAUCCCUACCUAACCCUAACAAAGUCACUUGACAAUCAGAAUGGCUUCAUGCUUUAAA